UCUGUCUUGCAAUUUUCACAAACCACAAUGUUUAGCUCAGGGCCAAGGGGUCCAAGCUAUGCAAAGCUCAAGACCAAUUUACAAUCGUCAAUUAACAAACUUAAGCUACUGGAGAAAAAGAAAAUGGAAUCGACUUUAAAAGCCAGAAAAGAAAUAGCUCACUACAUUGCUGCUGGCAAGACUGAACGAGCCAAAAUUCGAGUGGAGCACAUAAUUAGAGAGGACUACCUAGUUGAAGCCAUGGAUGUCACUGAGAUGUACUGCAAUCUUGUCCUGGCAAGAUUUGGCCUAAUUCAGCAAAUGAAAGACCUGGACCCUGGUUUAAGUGAGGCCAUCUCGUCUCUUGUGUGGUGUGCUCCUCGACUCAUGUCCGAUGUGCCAGAGCUCAAGAUUGUUGCUGAUCAGUUUGCGCUGAAGUAUGGCAAGCCGUACGCCGUCGCGUGCCGGGAGCAGUCCAUCAGCACCAUCAGUGAGAAGCUCAUCCACAAGCUCAGUGUUCAGGCACCACCUAAAGUUCUUGUGGAAAAAUAUCUUCAGGAAAUUGCAUACAACCACAAUUUGGAAUACACGCCAGACCCUCAAAUCAUGCGCGAGUCAGAAUGGGGGGCAGAUGCACUCAUCACCCUGGAUGUCGGAAGCAAGAGUGGUGGGGCUUCAGGAGGAGGUGGCAGUGGAAUCCCCCAGCAGCCUUUCUCAUACCCCAAUCUACGUCACGAGUUCCCCACUGAGGACGCUGGCACCUGGAAUGGCACGAGGCUGACCAGCUCUCCUUCUCCUCCUCCCUACACCUCCAUUGGGGCGGUGUCCCCGCCCUCCGCACCUCCCUCCUUCCGCCGUCUGCCGCCCCCUCGCACAGCAAGCUCAAAUUCCUCCAUGACGUCCCAGCCACGGUAUCUCCACACCCGCCAUUCAUCUGAUAUACUCUAG